CUCCACCUGUCAAUCACGUGCCCUCGCGUGGCUCGCCGCGCGCAUGCGCGUCCUCUCCGCUUGUUGACCUCGUGGGCGUGGUGUGCCCGGAGCCGCACGGGAGCGCGCACGUGUCUCCGCUCAUGUGUGCGCAUCGUGGCGUGCGCGCUCACGAGCGAAGCGAAUUGCCGUCUGACUGACUUGAUCUUCCUCCUCUUCCUCAUCGUCAGCGUGGAGGCUGCGGCAGUGCGCGGACGUGGCGAACAUGCUGGCGGCCAAAGGAGAAGGAGGGAAAUAAUCUUUUUUUUUUUUUUUUUUUUUUUUUACUUCGGAAUUGAAUUUGAUUUUGCAUGCGGUGACGUGCUUGGCGGAGGCGACAUGUCAAACCCCAACAAGAGCAAAAAGGACAAAGAGAUCCUUGCGGACUACGAGAGUCAAGUGAAAGAUGUGCGAGCCCAGCUGGUGGAGCAGCAGCGCUGUCUGGAGCAGCAGACGGAGAUGCGCGUGCAGCUCCUCCAGGACCUGCAGGACUUCUUCCGCAAGAAGGCCGAGAUCGAGACCGAGUACUCGCGCAACCUGGAGAAGCUGGCCGAGAGGUUCAUGGCCAAGACGCGCAGCACCAAAGACCACCAGCAGUACAAAAAGGACCAGAACCUUCUGUCACCGGUCAACUGCUGGUACCUGCUGCUCAAUCAGGUGCGGAGGGAGAGCAAGGACCACGCCACGCUCAGCGACCUCUACUUGAACAACGUCAUCAGCCGCCUCACGCACAUCAGCGAGGACUCGGCCCGCCUCCUCAAGAGGAGCAAGGAGAUCGUUUUCCAGCUACAGGAAGACCUCAUGAAGCUUCUCAACGAGCUCUACACCGUGAUGAAGAGCUACCACAUGUACCACGUGGAGACCAUCAACGCCGAGAGCAAGCUGCGCGAGGCCGAGCGGCAGGAGGGUCGGGCGAAGGGCGCCGCGGGCGCGGCCGAGCCCGUCUUCGGCCUGCGCAUGGAGGAACGCCACCAGAGGCGCAACGCCGCCCGCAAGAUGGAGAAGAUGCGCGAGAAGAGGAAGGCAAAAUAUUCGGAGAACAAAGUCAAGACGCUGAAAGCGCGCAACGAGUACCUGCUGACCCUGGAGGCCACCAACGCCUCCGUCUUCAAGUACUACAUACACGACCUGCCCGACAUCAUUGACUGCUGUGACCUAGGGUACCACUCCAGUCUGAGCCGGGCUCUGAGGACAUACCUGUCGGCCGAACUCGGCCUGGAGGCGUCCAGGCGCGCCGGUCUGGAGGUGCUGGAGGGCGCCGUGGAGGGUCUGGACCCCGCCCGCGACCGCCAGCGCCUGCUGGGCCUCUACCCCACCGCAUUCUGCCCGCCGCCCCGCUUCGGCUUCCAGGCCCACAUGGGCGACACGGUGAGCCAGAUCGCCUCCCAGCCGCAGGUGCAGGCGGAGCUCACCUUGCGCCUCACGCAGCUGCAGACCCGCCUGGCAUCACUGAAACUCGAGAACGAAGAGGUGAAGAAGACGUGGGGGGCCACGCUGAGCACCCUUCAGGACAUGACGGUGCUGGACGACUACGACGUGUCGCAGAGCUUCACCCACAGUCCUUCGUCCGAGUCGGUCAAAUCCAGCGUGUCCGACGGCUACCUGAACAAACCCAGCCUGGCCAAGAGGCGGGCCAACCAGCAGGAGACCGAACUCUUCUACUUCACGGUGAGACCAGCGUUGGGAGACCGUUCGCUGACGACCGGGGCGCAGGCGAAGCGAGACCCAGGCGCUGUCUGUCUUUUGCUCUUCCAGAAAUUCCGAGAGUACCUGGAGGGGAGCAACCUGGUCUCCAAGCUCCAAGCCAAACAUGACGUCCUCAAGAAAGCCAUCGCAGAGGGCUACAAAGCCGAGUUGCUCACCACCAGUCGCGGGCGGAAGAACUCGCACAGCAAGCACCAGGACUCAACCAAAGCCAUCCCUCUGCUGGUGGAGAGCUGCAUCCGCUACAUCAACCUCCACGGUAAGUCGCAAGCCCGAGCAACAUUUUCAAGCAAGUCCCGACCUGGAUCAUCGGGAGAAGAGAAGUGGCAGCAAAAGGGGACAAAAUGGAGAUGUGGAGGGGUGAGGCGGGCCCGGCAAGAGCCUUGUUGUAGACGUAACAAGGGGGGGCUUUAGCCAAAUGUGAGCGCGCCAACAUUUCUUCCGCCGGGCCUGCACCCGCAAUGAUUCGCAAUAGUCUGCGUGCUCAAUGGCCUUCCCCUGCGCCGCAGGUCUCCAACAUCAGGGCAUAUUCCGGGUGUCCGGCUCUCAGGUGGAGGUCAACGACAUCAAGAACUCCUUCGAGAGAGGCGACGACCCGCUGAUUGACG